AUUUGUUCUCUCCAUUUCUGGAUCCGUUUGAAGCUGCUCUAUCACCCGCCAAAAGAGUAUCUCUUUGACUCUCAACUACCAAACGACAAUAGUCUCUGACAGCCACGAGUUUCUUCGUACUCAUUUAUUUUAUUUAAAGCUAAUAACGUUCUCCGUCUAUCCACAGCCACACACAAAACACACACUUUAUCCCAAUUCAGGGAAGAAGAAGAAAAAAAACUCAUCUCUUUUGUCUGGUUUCAUCAAUUCGAAGCAAAAAAAUCGAUACUUUAACAAGAAAUAGUGUAUACCAUGCUUCUCGGAGGCACAAUCUCCACUCCUCCAGCUUCUCUCCGGUUAAAGUCCACCUUAAACCCACAAAACGCAGUGACACAGUCAUCACAAGCAGCGUUUCCAGCUGCAAUGCAACGAAAGCCACCAAGCUACUCAAUCAGCGACGAAGAUCUCAAAUCAAGAGGCUUUCUCCUCCGUCGUACCCCGGAAGGACUAAACCUAGAUCAGCUGAAUUCAGUCUUUGUAGCCGUAGGUUUCCCACGACGGGACACGGCAAAGAUCGAGGUGGCGCUGGAGCACACAGACGCGUUACUAUGGGUGGAAUACGAGAAAACUCGGCGGCCUGUGGCGUUUGCGAGAGCGACGGGUGACGGAGUAUUCAAUGCGAUCAUAUGGGAUGUGGUGGUUGAUCCUUCGUUUCAAAGCUGUGGACUUGGGAAGGCGGUGAUGGAAAGGUUGAUUGAGGAUUUGCAAGCUAAAGGGAUCUGUAACAUUGCUUUGUAUUCGGAGCCCCGAGUUCUCGGGUUUUAUCGCCCGCUUGGGUUCGUCUCUGACCCGGAUGGGAUCAAAGGAAUGGUUUUUAUACGCAAACAGAGAAACAAGAAAUGAAAAAAAGAAAGUUCGACACUUUAUAAAUUUAAUUUCGUAAAUUCACAGAUUACAACCUCUUUUAAACUACACUUUGUUGUUGUACAAGCUGAGCUCUUCGUCUUCCUUAGUUUGUUCAAUUCUUGUACGGAUUCUGCAGAGAAGUAAAAAACAAAAAAAGUUAAAAUCGUUGAAACAA